ACGGGAUCGCGGAGACGGGAUCGCGGGGACGGCUGACCCCGGCGAGGCCGCCCGGCCGGCGCGAUGCUCCGCGUCUUCAUCCUGCACGCGGAGAACGUCCGCACGCCCGACACGGACAUCAGCGAUGCCUAUUGCUCCAUGGUCUUUGAAGGGGUGAAGAAGAAGACUAAAGUCAUCAAGAACAACGUGAACCCCGUGUGGAACGAGGGCUUCGAGUGGGACCUCAAGGGAGCUCCCCUGGAGCCGGGCGCCGAGCUCACCGUGGUGGUGAAGGACCACGAGACCGUGGGCAGGAACAGGUUUUUGGGAGAAGCCCAUGUGCCCCUGCGAGAUGUCCUGUCCACCCCUAGCCUGGCUGCCUCCUUCAACGUGCCCCUGCUGGACACCAAGAAGCAGAACACUGGGGCUUUCCUCAUCCUACAAGUGUCCUACACGCCGCCGCCAGGAGCUGCCCCACUGUUCCCCCCUCCUGCCCCCGCCGAGCCAGCGCCGGCCCCGGCAGAGCCCGACACGGUCACUGAAACGGCCGGUGAGGAGGAUACCGAAGAUCAGACUCUGACGGGGGAUGAGACCGAGCCGUCCUCAGGGCCCUCGGGGUCCGAGCAGCCCACCCUGCCCCGCAAGCCACCCGUGCACCAUGUCCAUGGGAUUAAGCGGAGAAAAACCUCACCCAAAAAGCCCCUGUCCAACAAGCCGCAGGACUUCCAGAUCCGGGUGAGAGUCAUCGAGGGCAGGCAGCUCCCCGGUGUCAACAUCAAGCCUGUGGUGAAGGUCACGGCCGCUGGGCAGACAAAGAGGACGAGGAUACGCAAAGGCAAUAGCCCCUUCUUUGACGAGACCUUCUUCUUCAAUGUCUUUGAGUCACCAGCCGAGUUGUUCGAUGCACCCAUCUUCAUUACAGUUGUUGAUUCUCGGUCUUUCCGGAUGGACUCAGUGAUUGGGGAAUUUCGGAUGGAUGUCGAGACGAUUUACUCUGAACCAAAACAUGCUUUUCUCAGAAAAUGGCUGUUGCUUUCUGACCCUGAGGAUUUUUCAGCAGGGGCUAAAGGCUACUUGAAAGUCAGCCUCUUCGUGCUGGGGCCCGGGGAUGAAGCUCCCAUGGAGAAGAGGGAAAUCACUGAAGACAAGGAAGAUAUUGAAGGGAAUAUCUUGCGUCCCACGGGAGUCACCUUGAGGGGGGCCCACUUCUCCCUGAAGAUCUUCAAAGCUGAAGACCUGCCCCAGAUGGAUGAUGCCGUCAUGGACAAUGUCCGGCAGAUCUUCGGCUUUGAGAGCAACAAGAAGAACCUGGUCGAUCCCUUUGUGGAAGUCAGCUUUGCAGGCAAGACGCUCUACUCAAAGAUCCUGGAGAAAAACGCCAACCCGCAGUGGAACCAGAUCAUCACGCUGCCGGCAAUGUUCCCUUCCAUGUGUGAGAAGAUGAGGAUCCGCGUCACUGACUGGGACCGUCUCACGCACAACGAUAUCAUCGGCACGGCGUACCUGUGCAUGUCCAAGAUCUCUGCUCCCGGCGGGGAGCUGGAAGAUGAGUUUCCUGCUCUUGCGAAGCCUCUGAAAGCCGCAGACCUGGAUGAUGGACUUGGGUUCCUGCCGACCUUCGGUCCCUGCUAUGUCAACCUUUACGGCAGCCCCAGGGAAUUCACUGGCUUCCCAGACCCUUACGAGACGCUCAAUCUAGGAAAGGGCGAGGGAGUCGCUUAUCGGGGCAGGUUGCUCGUGGAGUUGGAGACCAAGCUGGCGGAACAUGCUGAGCAGAAGGUGGAGGACAUUGCUGCGGACGACAUCCUACGAGUGGAGAAGUAUCUGCGGCGGCGGAAGUACUGCCUCUUCGCUGCCUUCUACUCGGCCACCAUGCUGCAGGACGUGGACGACGCCAUCCAGUUUGAGGUCAGCAUCGGCAACUACGGCAACAAGUUCGACACCACCUGCCUGCCCCUGGCCUCCACCACGCAGUACAGCCGGGCCGUGUUUGACGGCUGCCAGUACUACUACCUGCCCUGGGGCAACGUGAAGCCCGUCGUGGUGCUGUCGUCCUACUGGGAAGACAUCAGCUACCGGACUGACGCUCAAAACCUGCUGCAGCAUGCGGCCGACCGGCUGGAAGCCAACUUGGAGACGGUCCACUUCGCGCUCAAGGCCAACUGCUCCCCGAGCGACUUGGAUUCCCUGGUUGCCCAGUUGAUAGAUGACAUCAUCACCGACUGCAGCCAGCCGCUGCCCGAUGUCGUGGGGAAGCCAGCCAGCACCCACCUGGACCAGCACCUGCACCGCUUCCGCAGUACCAACCUGGAGCAGAUAGCGAAGGCGGCUCUGAAGAUAAAGCACGACGACUCGAGCCUCCCGGCGGCGCUGGAGCAGGCGGAGGACUGGCUCUCCCGGCUGAAGGCCAUGGCUGAGGAGCCCCAGAACAGCCUGCCAGACAUAGUGAUCUGGAUGCUGCAGGGAGACAAGCGCGUGGCGUACGCCCGGGUGCCAGCCCACCAGGUCCUCUUCUCCAGGAACGUCGCCAACUGCUGCGGCAAGAACUGUGGGAAACUGCAGACCAUAUUUCUGAAAUACCCGCAGGAGGAGGCGAUGGGUCCCAGGGUGCCAGCCCAGAUCCGGGUCCAGCUCUGGUUCGGGCUGUCCGUGGAUGAGAAGGAGUUUAACCAGUACGCCGAAGGGAAGCUCUCCGUCUUCGCCGAAACUUACGAGAACCAGACCAAACUGGCGCUGGUCGGGAACUGGGGCACGACUGGCCUGACUUACCCCAAAUACUCCGAUGUCACUGGCAAGAUCAAGCUGCCCAAGGACAGCUUCCGGCCCUCCGCAGGCUGGACCUGGGCCGGGGACUGGUUCAUCUGCCCGGAGAAGACGUUGCUGCACGACGUGGAUGCUGGUCACUUGAGCUUUGUGGAGGAGGUGUUCGAGAAUCAGGUCCGGCUGCCCGGGGGCCAGUGGAUCCACAUGACAGAUGCCUACACGGACGUGAAUGGAGAGAAAGUGCUGCAUAAAGAUGAGAUCGAGUGUCCUCCAGGCUGGAAAUGGGAAGAUAUAGAGUGGGACACCGACCUCAACAGAGCUGUGGAUGAGAAAGGCUGGGAAUAUGGCAUCACCAUCCCCCCGGACCGCAAGCCCAAGGCCUGGGUGCCUGCUGAGAAGAUGUACCACACCAACCGGCGCCGGCGCUGGGUGCGCCUCCGCCGCCGGGACCUCACGCAGAUGGAGGCCAUGAGGAAGCACAAGCGGGAGGAGCUGGAAGGCGAGGGCUGGGAAUACGCCUCGCUCUUCGGCUGGCGCUUCCACAUGAAGUACCGCAAGACGGACACCUUCCGCCGCCGCCGCUGGAGGCGCCGGAUGGAGCCGCUGGAGCGGACCGGGGCGGCCGCCGUCUUCGCCUUGGAGGGGGCACUGGGGGGAGUGACAGAUGACAAGAGCGACGAUGGCAAAUCUGUCUCUACCCUGAGUUUUGGUGUCAACAGACCCACUAUUUCCUGCAUUUUUGACUAUGGGAACAGAUAUCACCUCCGCUGCUAUAUGUAUCAAGCUCGGGAUCUGAUCGCCAUGGAUAAGGACAGCUUUUCAGAUCCUUAUGCCAUCGUCUCCUUUCUCCACCAAAGCCAGAAGACGGUGGUGAUCAAGAACACCCUGAACCCCACCUGGGACCAGACACUCAUCUUCUAUGAGAUAGAAAUCUUUGGGGACCCCCAGAAUGUGUCUGACUCCCCUCCCAACAUCGUAGUGGAAAUAUAUGACCACGACACCUACGGCGCAGACGAGUUCAUGGGGCGCUGCAUUUGCAAGCCCAGCAUGGUGCGCUCGCCGAGACUCUCCUGGUACCCGGUCAUCAAGGCGAACAGGAACGUCGGCGAGCUGCUUGCUGCCUUCGAGCUGAUUCAGAGAGAGAAGCCGGCCGUCCAUCACAUCCCUGGCUUCGAGAGUGAGCUGUCUGCCAGUCUGGAUGAGUCUGCUGAUUCGGACCUGCCGUACCCUCCACCCCAGCGGGAGCCCAACAUUUACAUGGUCCCCCAAGGAAUCAAACCAGUGCUGCAGCGCACUGCCAUUGAGAUCCUGGCCUGGGGGCUGAGGAACCUUAAGAGCUACCAGCUGGCCAGUGUCACAUCACCUAGCCUGCUGGUGGAGUGUGGAGGCCAGCUCGUGCAGUCUUGUGUCAUCAAGAACAUCAAGAAGAAUCCCAACUUUGAUGUCUGUGUGCUCUUCAUGGAAGUGCGUCUACCCAAAGAAAGUCUGUACAGCCCCCCCAUCAUCGUCAAGGUCAUUGACAACAGGCCGUUUGGCCGGAGGCCCGUGGUGGGACAGUGCACCAUCCGCUCAUUGGAGGAAUUCUACUGGGACCCCUAUGGGGAGGAGACAGGCAGCCCCCAGGAAGAGCCAGACGAUGUGAGCCUCACUCCCAAGGACGACGUUCUCAUUGACAUCGAUGACAAAGAGCCUCUUAUUCCUGCCCAGCUUGCAGAGGGCAUGACCAGCUCACCAUUAAUUAACAUACCAGCUUCUUGGUCCGAUCUACAUGAGGAAGAAUUCAUUGACUGGUGGAGCAAAUUCUAUGCUUCCUUGGGAGAGAGGGAAAAAUGUGGCUGCUAUUUAGAGAAGGGCUUUGACACAUUGAAGGUCUACGAGACAGAGCUGGAGAAGGUGGAGGACUUCGAGCACCUCUCUGACUUCUGCCACACCUUCAAGCUGUAUCGCGGCCGGAUGCAGGACUCAAACGACGAUCCCUCUGUUGUGGGGGAGUUCAAGGGCUCAUUCAAGAUUUACCCUCUCCCUGAUGAUCCUAGAGUCCCGGUCCCACCACGGCACUUUCACCAGCUCCCGGCCAGGGGACCUCAGGAGUGUCUCGUCAGAGUCUACAUCAUCCGGGCCUUUGAUCUGCAGCCCAAGGACGCCAAUGGAAAGUGUGAUCCCUAUGUGAAGAUUUCAGUGGGAAAGAAAUCCAUAAAUGACCAAGACAAUUACAUCCCCUGCACGCUGGAGCCCAUCUUUGGAAAGAUGUUCGAGCUGAGCUGCACUCUGCCCCUGGAGAAGGACUUGAAGAUUGUGCUUUAUGACUAUGACCUCCUGUCAAAGGAUGAGAAGAUUGGAGAGACUGUCAUAGACCUGGAGAACCGGUUCUUGUCAAAAUAUGGGGCACGCUGUGGCCUUCCCCAAACCUACUGCAUUUCUGGACCCAAUCAGUGGCGAGACCAACUCCGGCCAUCCCAACUGCUUCACCUCUUCUCCCUGCAACAUAAGUACAAGGCUCCCAUCUAUAAGUCCAACCGGGUCAUCUUCCGGGAACAGGAGUAUAUCCUCUCCGAACUGGAGGAUGGCAAACCUGCCAAUCCCCACCUGGGACCAGUGGAGGAACGUCUUGCUUUGUACGCACUACGGAGGCAAGGGUUGGUGCCAGAGCAUGUGGAGACAAGGCCUCUUUACAGCCCUCUGCAGCCCGAAAUUGAACAGGGGAAGCUGCAGAUGUGGGUGGAUCUAUUUCCAAAAUCUUUGGGUCAGCCUGGCCCCCCUUUCAACAUCACGCCCCGCAAAGCCAAGAGGUUUUUUUUGCGUUGCAUCAUCUGGAACACCAAGGACGUGAUCCUCGAUGACCUCAGCAUCACCGGGGAGAAGAUGAGUGACAUUUAUGUGAAGGGCUGGCUGAUUGGCCACGAGGAGAACAAGCAGAAGACAGAUGUGCACUACAGGUCUAUGGGAGGAGAAGGCAACUUCAACUGGAGAUUUGUCUUUCCCUUUGACUAUCUCCCUGCCGAGCAAGUGUGCUACAUCGCAAAAAAGGAGCACUUCUGGAGCUUGGACAAGACCGAAAAUAAGAUUCCACCACAGCUUAUCCUCCAGAUCUGGGACAAUGACAAGUUCUCUUUUGAUGACUACUUGGGCUCCAUUCAGAUGGAUCUCAACCGGAUGCCCAAACCUGCCAAGACUGCUGAAAAGUGCUCCUUAGAGCUGGUAGAUGACACCUUGUCUUCAGGACGUUUUGUGUCACUCUUCGAGCAGAAAACCGUCAAGGGUUGGUGGCCCUGUGUUGCUGAGCAGGAUCAGAAGAAGAUCCUGGCAGGUAAAUUGGAAAUGACUUUGGAAAUUGUGGCAGAACAAGAGCAUGAAGAGCGGCCAGCUGGGAUGGGUCGUGAUGAGCCAAAUAUGAAUCCCAAACUGGAGGACCCCAAACGCCCGGAGACCUCCUUCCUGUGGUUCACCUCCCCGUACAAGACCUUGAAAUACAUUCUGUGGCGGCGGUACAAGUGGGUGGUUAUCCUGGCCAUCGUGCUCUUCAUUUUGCUGCUCUUCCUUGGGAUCUUCAUCUACGCCUUCCCGAACUACGCUGCUAUGAAAUUGGUAAAACCCUUCAGCUGAAGCUGUGCUGGCGAAUGCCGGAAAGGUCCAGUGCCUGCCUGGGGAUUUUGGAAAUGAGUUACUGCUCUGCACUGGAUCACAUCAGCAGAUGGAGAAGAAAAAGGAACACCCUUUCUCUGGCCCUAGGCUGCUGCCAGAACGAAGAUAUAACUUUCCUUGAUGCAGUAUGCAGAAUGCCACCUACAGCACUCACCUCUGAAGCAGCACGUAAACAAUACCUGUGUUGAAAUAUUUGUUAUUUUACCUCUCUCUCUGUCUUUCUUCUUUUUAAGCUGCUCUGAUUUGUAGACCUUGAACAUCAGUGCAAAGCUGAAAAGGGUGGGGGAGAAAAGGACCUUUUCGUAGGACUUAAUUGUAGCCUGCAAGAGUGUAAAGAUGUUGCAGUCCUUAGUAGAGGAAUUAUGGUCUGCUGGUCUAAGCAGUAGACACAAGCCAAAAACUCUCAGGUUCUGAGCACUUCCCUUUGUGCUCUGACGAGCCUCAGUUUUCCUUUGCCAUGCAACGUGUAUUAUUUGGUUUAUAUGUCAAGUUUACUGAAGACAGAAUGUACUGCACAGCCCGAAACGUGGGGCUGUCAUGUUGCCUUCCCAGAGAGCAGGAACCAUGAGAUACAGGACCCAGUACGAGGCUCUGAGACACAAGACCUGAGGCAGGAGUUGGUGGUAAUUAUAAAAUAAAAACUCUCAUUGAGUUCUGUGCUCAAGAGGGACCACACAGUGUGGUCCAGGUUUUUUGGAGCCUAUUUCCCUUCUAAGCUGCUCUUUUGUGUCUACAAUCCCAUGUGCCACCCUUCAAAACCUGCAUUUAGGUGUCAGAGUCGGUGGAGUCAGCCUGGGACCGCCUCUGAGAGCAACCCCAGGAGCAAAACUGUGCACAUGCGCUUUGCUCUUCUCCCCUCCCGUUAUAUACAACCCCCGCAGCCAUAAUUAAGUGAACAAUAUUAGUCUUUAUUCUCCUGUGCUCCUAACCAUGCUUAAGCCAAACAGUACCAAACCAGCCUGCAAAGUAAGUUGUGAAACUCGCUGCUGCAGGGCGCUGAUGAGGCAGAUAACCUGCAGCUUUGGCAGCAGGUUUGUUUGCUCUGUGCUUUAAGAACUAAAUAUUGGGAGAUGUAUCCUACAGGUCUUGCGCAGCGCAGGCUCCUGCUGGAGCAAAUGGCAGUUGUGACAGAACUGGGUUGGCAGUUUUGGGACGUUUCUGUUGUUUUGUAUGCAAACAUCAAAUGUAGUCCUUCGUCCUGUCCCUCCGGCUCCCCACUGCUGCAAUUAGGUGGAGCAAGGUAGACUAAUAAGAUUUUCUCAUACUCCCUGGCACUGUCAUGAGAGGAUGCUGAGCAAAUUAACAUUAGUCUCAGAUUUUCCUCCUGCAUCCGCUAACCCUGCAAGGAGGCAUCGCCCAGAGCGGAGGCUCCAAGCUGCCUCUCGUGAGACGGCCGUCCUGCUGCUCUGGCAUGGCUUGGCUUGUGCCACGGUCCUUCAGCAGGAUGAGACAUUUCUUCCUCGGUUUCAUUUGUCCAUUGAAGAUGCUGUUACUCAACACGACUCGUGAAAGCAAGCAGCAGUGAAAAGUGAUCCUGAGGGACCAGCAUUUCUCGAGACAAGCCAUGCUAAUUAAGCCCCUGUCCUGCUCCAGCAAAGCACUUAAGCAUGUUCUUAGUAGAAGGCAAGGAAAAAGUGUAUGCUUAAGUGCUUUGCUGGAUGGGUAUGUAAUGCUUUGAGCAUUAAAUCCCGUGUUGUUCAGUACUGUAACAGCACCCAGUUUGCACGGGUCAGUUCUUUGCUGUAUGUGAAGAUGUUGUCUUCAACCUGGAGGACAUGCAGCUAUGAAAACCCAUCUUUUACUUCUGAGAUUUAGCUGAUUCAGUGUCAUAUUUCCAAAAGUGACUGAUGCUUAGGAGGUAAAGUCAGCUCUACAUGCCCCAGGAUGGGUGUUUCUUUUUGCCAGCAUGGUUAAGUAAGUGUUUCAUUUUUUGCAUUUGUUCAGGUUUUCCCUAGAAGCCUCCCAAAGCCAUUCACAUCCCCCCCCCCCCCCCAGUUAUUAGCCAUUAUCAAACUACCAGCUCUGCUGGAGUCUGUAAGUCUUGUUGGCUCCCUGCACACCUUACUUUCCUGAUCUGCAGGGGGAAUCAGGCCUGUUAGUUCAUCUCCUUGCCUUGGUUUGUGGAGUCUGUGGAUUUUCUUAUCUUGGCAUUAUUACUCUGUAACCUCCACCUAUUUCAAAAACAAAAUCUUGGUGCCCAGAGCCCCAAACAGGUGGAUGAUCUGUGCUUGAGUACAAAACACUGCUUAUAUCUGGGUCAGCUGUCCUAUUGCAGUGGAUCACUGCUUGACCCAGUAGGGCCAAGCAACCUGCCAAAACAUGCUCAUGUGUCAUCUCUGCAGAGCCUCUCCCAGUAAGAAACCACAUUUUAUUCUGAAGGACUUAGCAGCAGCUCUCCCCAUGGGCAUGGCUUGCCCAUGAAAGGCGAGCACAAUGCAGGCCAUCCAAGUACACACAGAAAAGGAAAGUGGUACAUCCUUGCAUGCAAUUCUUGUGUUCCCCAGUCCAGGCUCUAGGGCCAAGUUUCACACCACGAGACUCUGCGGGACUGUGUUGAGUCAAAGCAGGCUUGAGCACACGAAAACAUCAGGUUAGUCCCUUUCGUGUUGCUGCUUGAACCACCUUCACCCCUUUGCCUCGCCGUGGGCCUUCUGUAUCUGGGUUAUGUCUCUCCACCAAAGCUAGCCGGGAGGUGGGGACGGUGUAAAGUCCUCCCUGCGGCUCCUCAUCAUUCAGGGGUUUGCAAUGGCUGGAAGAUGUAUGUAUCACCUGCCUAUGCCUUAUAUACAAUAAUGCAGAUUUCACUGUGGUUACAAAUGAAAUGCUCUGAAACCUUC